GCUCUGUAUCUAUCUCUCUCUACAUUCUACUCUGUUUACCUUUCUCUCUCUCUCUCUCUCUCUCUCUCUCUCCGACCUCUCUCCACCCAAAUUUUAUUUACCACCAAAAUCUUGCAUUUACUGUUACUGCAGCCCUGAGAAGAAACCAAAAUAUUCACUAAUUUGCACCAAUUACUUCUUUUUCUCGAAUCUCCUGCAAUUUUAUCAGGUAUAUGGCUGCUUCAUGUGAAAGGUGGAUUGAUCGCCUUCAGUUCUCUUCAUUGUUUUGGCCGCCUCCACAGGAUGCACAGCAACGGAAGGAUCAAAUUACUGCCUAUGUUGAGUAUUUUGGUCAGUUUACAUCAGAACAUUUUCCUGAAGAUAUAGCUGAGCUGAUCCGAAAUCGCUACCCAUCCAAAGAAAACCGACUUUUUGAUGAUGUUUUGGCAACAUUUCUCCUCCAUCAUCCAGAGCAUGGGCAUGCUGUUAUUCAUCCAAUUAUCUCAUGUAUCAUUGAUGGUACAUUGGAGUAUGAUAAAAAUAGUCCACCUUUUGCCUCUUUCAUUUCAUUGGUCUGUCCAAACAGUCAGAAUGAACUUUCUGAACAAUGGGCUCUUGCUUGUGGAGAAAUUUUACGUAUAUUAACCCACUAUAACCGCCCGGUUUACAAAGUUGAAAAGCAAGAUAGUGAAGCAGAUAGAAGUAACAGUGGCAGCCAUGCUUCAACAAGUAAAUCUGCUGAUGGGGGCCCUAGUUUGUUGUCUCCGCAACAUGAGAGGAAACCACUGAGGCUGUUGUCUCCAUGGAUUACUGAUAUAUUGCUGGCAGCACCUCUAGGUAUUAGAAGUGACUACUUCCGGUGGUGUAGUGGUGUUAUGGGAAAGUAUGCUGCUGGAGAACUCAAGCCACCUUCAACUGCUUCUUCCCGUGGGUCUGGAAAGCAUCCACAACUAAUACCUUCAACUCCAAGGUGGGCCGUUGCUAAUGGUGCUGGUGUUAUAUUAAGUGUUUGUGAUGAGGAAGUUGCUCGUUAUGAGACUGCUACCUUAACUGCGAUUGCUGUUCCUGCACUGCUGCUGCCACCCCCGACAACGCCUAUGGAUGAGCAUCUUGUUGCAGGGCUUCCAGCUCUGGAGCCAUAUGCACGAUUAUUUCAUCGAUACUAUGCAAUUGCAAGUCCAAGUGCCACUCAAAGGCUUCUGCUUGGACUUUUAGAAGCUCCACCUUCAUGGGCUCCUGAUGCACUUGAUGCUGCUGUACAACUAGUGGAACUUCUUCGAGCAGCAGAAGAUUAUGCAUCUGGAUUGCGGCUUCCUCGAAAUUGGAUGCAAUUGCAUUUCUUGCGUGCUAUUGGAAUUGCAAUGUCUAUGAGAGCUGGCAUUGCUGCAGAUGCUGCGGCUGCUUUGCUUUUUCGAAUACUUUCGCAACCUGCUUUGCUUUUCCCACCAUUGGGGCAAGUGGAAGGAGUGGAAGUCCAACAUGAACCCUUGGGUGGAUACAUUUCAUGUGAUAAAAAACAGAGAGAAGUGCCAGCAGCUGAAGCUACAGUUGAAGCUACUGCCCAAGGGAUUGCAUCAAUGCUCUGUGCACAUGGCCCUGAGGUUGAAUGGAGAAUAUGUACCAUUUGGGAAGCUGCUUAUGGUUUGAUUCCUUUAAGCUCCUCUGCUGUUGAUCUUCCUGAAAUUAUGGUGGCAACCCCUUUGCAACCUCCUAUCUUGUCAUGGAAUUUAUAUAUACCUCUGCUUAAGGUCCUUGAGUAUCUUCCUCGUAGGAGUCCAUCUGAAACCUGCCUCAUGAAAAUAUUUGUUGCUACUGUUGAAGCAAUUCUUCAGAGAACAUUCCCACCUGAGUCAUCCAGAGAAGAAAUUAAAAAGACAAGAUUUGUUUUUGGCUCUGCCUCCAAAAAUCUUGCUGUGGCAGAAUUGCGAACAAUGGUCCACUCGCUAUUUGUAGAGUCAUGCGCUUCUGUUGAGCUUGCCUCUCGCCUUCUUUUCAUUGUGUUAACUGUAUGUGUCAGUCAUGAAGCAAAACACAAUGGAAGCAAGAGGCCUAAAGGUGAAGAUUCUCUGGCAGUUAGUGAAGUCAGUGGAGACAUACCAACAACCACUGCGAAGCGAAAAGAAAUUGAAAGUGAGAAACCUAAAAAACAAGGACCAGUGGCAGCAUUUGAUUCUUAUGUUCUUGCUGCUGUUUGUGCUCUUUCUUGGGAACUUCAGCUUUUCCCUUUGAUUGCAAGAGGGAGUUUUUCAUUCGGUGCUAAGAAUGUGGAUGCCACAGCUAACCUUUCCAAUGUAUCAUCCAUUGAGUUGAAGAAUGGGAUUCACUCUGCAGUCUGCCAUACUCGCAGGAUACUAGCAAUUCUAGAGGCACUUUUCUCUUUGAAGCCAUCUUCUGUUGGAACCUCAUGUAGUUACAGUUCAAAUCAGAUAGUUGCAGCAGCUAUGGUUGCAGCUCACGUUUCUGAUCUUUUUCGACGGUCAAAGGCUUGCAUGCGUGCACUGUCCAUCUUGAUACGGUGUAAAUGGGAUGAUGAAAUUCACUCUAGGGCAUCUUCACUUUAUAACCUCAUUGAUAUUCACAGCAAAGUAGUUGCAUCAAUUGUCAACAAGGCCGAACCAUUGGAAGCACACUUAAUGCAUGCACCAGUGCCAAGGGAAAUUCCCACCUGCUUUCAUGGGAGGAAACGAAAUAAAUGUACCAGCUGUAACUGCUUAAAACCAGAGCAGCCAUCACCCCAUCAAUGUGAAGGUUCGUCUGAUCCUAAAACAUUAAUUAUAUGUGACACUUCACAAUCAACUGAGGUUGCCAGGGGAACCACGGGUAAAGCGGUUGCAAGUUUCCCAAUAGAUGCUUUAGAUUUGGCCAACUUUCUGACAAUGGACAGGAAUGUGGGAUUUAAUUUUCAUGCACAAGAUCUUCUAAAGUCAGUUCUUGUAGAGAAACAAGAACUUUGUUUUUCUGUUGUUUCCUUGCUUUGGCAUAAGUUGAUUGCAUCACCUGAAAUACAGCCUAGUGCAGAAAGCACAUCUGCCCAGCAGGGAUGGAGACAGGUAGUUGAUGCACUAUACAAUGUUGUGUUAGCCUCACCUGCAAAAGCUGCAACGGCUGUCGUUCUUCAGGCGGAGAGGGAAUUCCAGCCCUGGAUUGCUAAAGAUGAUGAUUUCGGUCAGAAGAUGUGGAGAAUCAACCAACGCAUCGUGAAGUUGAUUGCAGAAUUGAUGAGAAAUCAUGAUACCCCAGAAUCCCUUGUAAUUCUGGCUAGUGCAUCUGACCUUCUUUUACGGGCCACCGAUGGAAUGCUUGUUGAUGGUGAAGCAUGCACCUUACCUCAACUGGAGCUUCUCGAAGUGACAGCUAGAGCAGUUCAACCAGUGCUCGAGUGGGGAGAAUCUGGAUUGGCAGUUGCAGAUGGCCUCUCAAACCUUUUGAAGUGUCGUAUACCAGCCACAGUUCGCUGUCUUUCUCAUCCAAGUGCUCAUGUCCGUGCUCUUAGCAUAUCAGUUCUUCGUGCAAUUCUGCAUUCCGGUUCAAUAAAAUCGAGAGCCAAACCAGUGAAUAUGAACGGCAUCCAUGGUCCUGCAUAUCAGUGCUUGAACGUAGGAGGCACUAUUGACUGGCAAGCCGACAUCGAGAGGUGCUUGAAUUGCGAAGCUCAUAGCCAGCUUGCAAAUGGGAUGUCUGCAGAAUUUCUUGAUACUGCUGCUAAGGAGUUAGGCUGCACUAUAUCUGUGUGAAGUUGGUUCAUCAUUUUGGGUGUUAUUAGGUGGUUUCUUACUCAACUUCUCCGAAAAACCUUUCUUCACCGAAUCAAAAGAAUAGAACGAAUGCAUUACCAAUUCGUUUGGUGGAUGCAGAAACUGAAUCCAAACUAAAUGUUGCUUUUCCAGUGAGUGAUUGGUAUAUACUGCAAACUUUGACAUAGUAAGUUAUGCAUUGAAUCAGUGCCCCUAUGGUAUGGUAUGGUAUGUAUGUAUAACCUAAACCACCAUAGCAUAAUCAAGAAAUAGAUGUUUGAUGCUUUACAAAUUUGACAGAAACUUGAGUGGUUGGUUCUGCUUGCUUGGAUUGUUUAA